AUGGAAGAAAGCAAGAGGAAGAGUCGUGAGGGUGGAACAACCCCAGACCCCGAGCGAGUGGGAUCUGAUGAUCCAGACGUAAAGCCCAAGAAGAAAAAGAAUAAAACAGCAGCUGAGCCUUCCAAGGCGGAUCCUGAUGAUCCAGAGGACAAACCCAAGAAGCGUGACAAGGGCAAGAGUCCCAAGAAGAAAAAGAGUAAAACAGCAGCUGAGCCUUCCAAGACAGAUCCUGAUGAUCCAGAGGACAAACCCACAGAUCCUGAUGAUCCAGAGGACAAACCCACAGAUCCUGAUGAUCCUGAGGACAAACCCAAGAAGCAUGACAAGGGCAAGAGUCCCAAGAAGAAAAAGAGUAAAACAGCAGUUGAGCCUUCCAAGACACAUCCUGAUGAUCCAGAGGACAAACCCAAGAAGCAUGACAAGGGAAAGAGUCCCAAGAAGAAAAAGAGUAAAACAGCAGCUGAGCCUUCCAAGACAGAUCCUGAUGAUCCUGAGCCUCCCAAGACAGGUGCUGAUGAUCCUGAGCAUCACAAGGGAAAGAGGCAAAAGAAGCGGAAGGAGAUUGAAACUACCUCUGAUCCUUCGGAGAUAGAGUGUGAUGUCAAGAAGCUGAAGGUAGACUAUUCACCUCCUAAAUCCAGUAGCUCGGAAUCGGAAUAUGAAGGUAUCUGUGAGCCCAUGCAAGUUGGUGCUGUAAAUCUUCCCGAAGAUGUUACCGAGCCUGAGCUGAUGGCUUUUUUUAACGGCAAACCUGUUCACGUUGUUAUUCGUCGCUUCGAAAACGAAUACUCUAGGAGCGUGAUCGUUUUUGGUUCUGUUGCAGACACAAAAGAGGCACUGAAAUUGUGUGGGAAAAAAAUGCGCGGAAUUCCAAUUUAUAUUAAGCCGAAUGGGAACAGUCGAGAAAUAGUGCUUGCAAGUGGGUUCAACAACCAAUCGACAGUAAAAGAGAUCAUGAAACAACUUCGUAGUGAAUUCAAGUCAAGAGGCGAUGUCCUUAACAUUUUUGUUCCAGAAGAUAAUGAAACUGGUGGUUGUCUAGGCUUUGGAUAUAUAUACAUUGACCCUCAAGGCGUGGAUGGAGGAGAUUUGUGGAAAUCAUUUGAAAUUGAUGGUCUUCCAAUUACGCUUACUACGGCUUCACCGAAAUUAUGCUUCGAAGCUGAAAUAGUGGGCAAGAAAAAGGCGAAUGAUGAAGACGAAAAGACUGCUUUGAAAAAGAUGCUAUUACCAUUAAAUACUAGUCUACCGACCUUGAUGUAUACCCAAAGAAGAUACUCUUGGACAGAUAAAAGACCGGACAUUACUGCUGAGUCUUAUAAACAAGAGACAAAUGAUUGCUGGGCUGCUGCUCUUCAUAGGGCGUAUUCAGCACUGCUGACACUAUCAGGCUCACCGGGACCAGUUUUAACACGUCAAGAUAUUAUUGAUGGGCUUGAUGAGGCUUAUCAGGCAUCUGGAGAUGGCAUCGAGAGGCUUAAGUAUGCAAUUUCGUUUAUGGAGAAGUAUGUCAAAGAAAUGAACAUUUACCGACGUCCUAGGGGUAAUGAUGCGUCUUCUUAUGAAGAUUUUGAGAGUUUUACUCUACAACUUCUAGCAACAACACCUGUCAUGGUGACUGUUGAAUGUCUUCCAGGUUUCCUAUCUUUCGAUGGACAAGGAAUUUUCAGUCCAUCCGACAUGGACUGUCGUAUGAGAACCUUUGAAAAGUUCCCUAUUCAUUGUCUUCUUUUGACGGGGAAUGAUGUGAAGGAUGGAAUCGAGUAUUGGAAACUCCAUGAGACUAAGGGAAAAGAUUGGGGAGUUGAAGGUUUUAUCAUGAUGGAAAGACAUAAGUGUCUACUCAAAUCUGUGGUUGAACUCAAGCUCUGAUCGUAGAAGAAAGCUAAUGCGAAGACCACCGUAGUUGACUUUUGCUCUAGAGGAGAUCUAAUGUGAAGACCACCGUCGUUGUUGACUUUUGCUAUUCCUAGUUUCAGCUCUGAUCGUUGAAGAGAUUUAAUGUGAAACCACCGUAGUUGUUGACUUUUCCUUUUAUGCUUUUGCAAAGUAAUCCAACUUUUUGUUUGCAAAAUUUUAAAAUCAUCAACUUUGGGUUUAAUUGCUUCUACUGAACGUUCUUUUGUAAUUCCUCUC